AUGGAUGAGCAUAUCAAGUUUCUCUCAGACCGGCUGCUUAGCCAGGCAAUACCAGUCACGUAUCGCGGUCUUAGCAGAGCGCUACAAAUUCACGUCAAUACCGCCAAAGGGAACGUUGCUACAGCCCUUUUCGAUUUUCAUCGGUACCAAAAUGCCCGUGAUGCCGACUCUAUCCACGCGACGUAUCUGGUCUGCGGUUUACCAGCGGCCUCUGCUCGUUUGGAUGACGGCAUUGAGACGAGAAGCUCCUUGCAAGGGCCAGAAGAAUCUUCUGGCGGGGUGAAAGCAAGCAAAGUAAUUCUGGUUGAAGAGCAGAACCUCCAAGAGGCAUUGAUGUUGUACGAAUCUGUCACCUCGAUACACAUUUACGGACUGUCUCCCAACCGCGCUGAGGAUUCAUGGAUCCGCUCAGAUUCGGGCCAGAAAACGUGUGGGCAGCGACCGAACCGAGAAAAGCCCAACACGGCAUUCGGGAAAUAUGGAACGAUUGGUAACCCAAAGGUGCAGCAUCGCGACCAGAAGCUCAAAGCUCUCAGUACCACCCCCCCCGCCUCGAUCGGCGUUGAUCCAGUAAUUCGGCAAGAAAAAAUUAAACGGGAGAUUAUAUCUGGUCCUUCAAUGAGUGAAAAACCGCCCUGUAUUACGGAGAAAGUGGCUUCAGCCCAUUCCAAAAAGCGAGCGGCAUCAAACAACAUAAUUCGCUCCUUUGCCAAAGCUGCAGCAGCCUCGCAAACCACAGAAACCGAUCCCGCAAAGCGACAAGAUGAUGCAGCCAUGACUCUUUCUGACGAUGGCGAAGCUGAUGAUUCAGACUUCUUACCACGCAAGCCAGAACCUCGGUCGGCUUGUCACACUCAGUCACGCACAGAGCGAGAAGAAGGACUGAGACGCAUGAUGGACGAAGAUGAUGAUGACGAGGAUGAUGAUGAUAAUUCUGACGCAGUGGCAGGGCCACUCGUUGACGAUGACUUGUCAGAGGGACCGAAGCUUGAGCUUAAUUCCCAGCCGUCUACACAAGAAAAACGUGAUUCUCCGGAGAUUAUCUUAAGCACUGGAAAUGGGCGACGACGGGGCCGGCGAAGAGUUAUAGCGAAGAAGCGAAUCGUAGAUGAUGAAGGGUAUAUGGUUACGAUUCAAGAAUCAACAUGGGAGUCCUUCUCCGAAGAUGAUAGCAAGGAAUCAGCGUCACAGAAGGCAACCCCUUUACCAAAACCAUCUAGCGCUGCAUCGAAACCAAAAAAGUCAUCGGGCAAAGGCGCGCAAGGCAGCAUUAUGUCAUUUUUUGCCAAGAAGUGA